GCCCCGGCGUCCGCGGGAAACCCAGGCUGGUGGUUCUCUGCUCCCGGCCACUGCGGGAAUGGCAGGCUUGGGGAGCUUGGUCCUGCGGCCUUGGAUUCGAGAGCUGGUCCUGGGGUCAGAUGCACUCUCAAGUCCGCAGGCGGGGCAGCUGCUCGAGGUGCUGCAGGAGGCCGAGGCCCCGGGCCCGUCCCGCGCCCCUGACCCGUCUGAAGUCGCGGCCGCGCUGCUUGUGUCUGACGGGACUCACAGUGUCCGGUGCCUAGUGACGCGGGAGGCCCUGAACGCCUCGGACUGGGAGGAGAAGGAGUUCGGCUUCCGAGGGGCAGAAGGCCGGCUGCUGCUGCUGCAGGAUUGUGGAGUCCGCGUCCGAGUCGCCGAAGGCAGCGCGCCCGCUGAGUUCUACCUCCAGGUGGACCGCUUCAGCCUGCUGCCCACGGAGCAGCCCCGGGAACGGGUGAUUGGUUGCAACCAGGACCCGGAUGUUCAGAAAAAGCUCUUUGAUUGUCUGGAGGAGCACCUUUCAGAGUCCAUCUCCCCUGGUGCAGUAAGCUCUUCUCCCUCCCCACCCUUCCCUUCCUUCUCUUUAAGUUUUGGCCCAUCCUCUGGUCCCCUGCCCUCAGGCCUUUCACUGUCCCAACUUCUGGAUGAGGUGCAGGAGGACCAGGAGCAUCGGGGGGCGCUAGUGCACCUGGCUGAGAGCUGUUUGAUGCUGGCAGGCCCUUGCACAGCACCCCCCCUCACCCGCUGGGCCUCCUCCCGCCUUAGGGCCACGGGAGAAGCUGUGUACACUGUCCCCAGCUCAUGGCUGCACAUCUCUGAGAAUGACCAGCGAGUUCUGAGUUCUCUGGGCCCAGGCCAGAGGACACAGGGCCCUGAGCUGCCCCCACCAGACCCAGCUUUGCAGGACCUGUCGCUGACCCUCCUGUCUCCUUCCUCACCUACUUCCUCAGGAACCCCAGCUUUAUCCAGCCACAUGUCCUCAGAGGAGAGCGGUGCCAGCAUCAGCCUUCUGCCUGCCCUGUCCUUGGCUGCUUCAGAUCCAGUGCAGAAGGGCAGCUCCCACACUGUACCAGGCAUCUGUUCAGCCCCUGGCCCCCGGCCCCUCAGCUCCCCACACCCUAGUCAUGUACCCAGUUCCCCACUCCUGAGCUGCACCCCAAGUCUGUCACCCCUGGGCCAUGUACCCAGUCCACAUCAGGCCGUUGUGACUAGGGCCCAGAAACCUAGCCUGGAGUUCAAGGAGCUAGGGUUGCCCCCCAAGAAAUGGCAGCACUCUGCAAGGACAAAAACCAGCACAGGAGCCCUGGAGUCCAGCCCUGUUUGGGAUCCUCCAAAGAGGCAUCGUGAUGGUUCUGCCUUCCAAUAUGAGUACGAGCCACCCUGCACCUCCCUGUGUGCCCAGGUCCAAGCUGUCAGGCUCCCUCCCCAGCUCGUGGCCUGGGCCUUGCACUUUCUGAUGGAACCACAGCCGGAUUCUGAGCUGACCCAGGUGUGAGGGAGCAUGGGGGAGGAUAGAC